UUUAAGAAUGCCAUCUGCUAAUUACAAAGCUUCACCACCAUUUUUAAGAUUCCCUUCAACACAACAUCAAGUAUCAAUAUUAUCAUCAUUAUUAUUAUUAUUAUUAUGUCUUGCUUUGAUGAUGCCCUUCAUCACUAGUACUAGUACUAGUACUACAACUAUUAGUGAUUCUACUACCAAAGGCUGCAUCAAGGCUGAACGAGACGCCCUGCUCGCAUUCAAAGCCCAAAUUAUACAUGACAAGGCUCAUCCCAUCUCAUCGUGGGGUGAUCAAAAUGAUGACGACUGCUGUCACUGGGCUGGCGUGCACUGCAACAACAAUACUGGUCAUGUCUUUCGUCUCAAACUCCAACGCAGGCGACCACGACAAUAUUAUUAUGAUGAUGGUUUUGGCUUGAGUCGCAUGACUCCUAAGUGCGAUGAGUGGGACCUGAGUGGCAACAUCAGUGAAUCUCUUAUUGGCCUCCAGCACCUCAAAUUCCUUGAUCUUAGCAACAAUUGCUUCCUCAAUAUCUCCAUCCCAAAGUUUUUGGGUUCUUUGGACCACCUGGUUCAUCUUGACCUUAGCUACUCAGGCUUCACUGGCAUCAUACCUCAUGAGCUUGGUAAUCUCACCAGGCUGCGUUACCUCAACCUAGCAUUUAAUGAUUAUUAUUAUGAAAGAGUACUACUCAAGGUUGAUGAUGCUGAGUGGCUAUCUGGUCUAUCUUCUCUCAGAUACUUGUCUAUGAAUGGCGUCGAUUUCUAUGGGGUGAACAAUGUCAUGCAAUCACUCAACAAGCUUCAGCAUUUAGAACAUGUUUCUCUGUUUGACUGUAGUAUGAACAGCGUCCCUGGGUCACUUCCACAUCUCAACUUCACCUCCCUCACUUUCAUGGAUAUCGGACGGAACUUCAUGUUCGACAACACUAGCAUCCCAGAAUGGCUCUUCAGAAUACCCAACCUACGUGAGCUCCGCUUGUAUUUCAAUGGUUUUAUCGGUGCCAUCCCUGCAUCUAUUGGAAAUGCAACUUCUCUUCAAUUUCUGGACUUGGCCGGCAAUAGAGGAAUUUCUGGUGAUAUGCCGAGUGGAUUUGGCGACCUCUGCAAUCUCCAGUGGCUCCUCUUGGAUGGCACUUUUGUAGGGAAGAGCUUGGAGGAGGAUUUCAGAGACGCAUUCUCUGGAUGCAUAAGGCGAAAUUUGAUUGGACUUUUUUUUCAAGAUAGCUCACUACAAGGUCUUUUGCCAGAUUGGUUGGGUGAAUUCACAAAUCUCACCUAUCUCUAUCUUUCUUCUAAUUCCUUCAACAGCUCCAUUCCUGCAUCUAUUGGCAGAUUGUCAAAGCUACAAGAAUUGUAUCUUUAUGAUAAUGCAUUAAAUGGCUCCAUCCCUGAAUCUUUUGGAAGACUCUCAGGACUGGAAUAUUUGGAUCUUAGAGGCAAUGAUUUAAAUGGCCCCAUCCCCGAAAGCCUCCCGCAACUUUCAAAUUUGGUGAGAUUGGAUCUUGGUUACAACUUUAACUACUACAACUCUGUUAUCACCGAAGCUCAUUUGGCUAAUCUCACAAGUCUCAAGGACCUUAUCCUUGAUCAUACCAAUUUGGUCCUUAAUAUAAGCACUGAUCGGAUUCCAGGGUUUCAGCCUAACCUCAUAUACUUAUCUUAUUGUAACCUUGGACCAAAAUUUCCAGUUUGGCUGGCCAACCAAGUGAAUCUUGACUCUUUGGAUAUAUCUAAUACUGGAAUCAAGGAUUCAAUACCUGAUUGGUUUUGGAACAUCACGUACAGUAUAUCAUACUUAGAUCUCAGCAACAAUGAGAUCAAUGGAAGACUGCCUCAUAGCUUUAAAUUUAAAGCCAAACUAGAUGGUGUUAGAAUAUUCCUUGGCUCCAAUCGUUUUGAGGGAUCUGUUCCUUAUUUUCCUCCUGGCAUUGUUGCACUGAACUUGAGCAAUAACUUACUUUCAGGAAACAUUCCCUCUGAUAUUGGGAACUUUGGAGAAAUCAGACCUCGGCUUACUUCCCUCUUUUUAUCUUCAAACAACCUGAAUGGUAGUAUUCCAGACUCUAUUUGCAAUUUCAAAUACCUUGUGUUAUUGGAACUCUCCAACAAUCACUUUGAAGGGUCAAUCCCGAAUUGCUGGAACAAUUUGACAAGCCUACAAUAUCUUAUCUUGGCAAACAACUCAUUGGCAGGUGAGGUUCCAAAUUCCCUCAUAAAUUCUUCGCUAUCUUUACAAGUGUUGCACUUAAGCAACAAUCAAUUGCAUGGAGAGUUUCCAUCAUUCUUGAAGAAGUGCACUUCCAUGACCACUCUUGCUUUUGACCACAACAAUUUCUUUGCCGAGAUUCCUAGUUGGGUGGGAGAAACCAUGACUUCAUUGAUGAUCUUGACUUUGAAAGAAAAUAAUUUCUCAGGUAACUUGCCUUUAUUAUCCAAUCUCACAUCACUUCAUUUCUUGGAUCUUUCCCACAACUCAUUUGUAGGCAACAUACCACAAUCCUAUGGCAACCUCACGGGCAUGAUAAAUAUUAGUAUGAAUGGUGGAGCAAUGUUUUACACUAAUGCAUCUGAAGUGCUAGUAAUUACAAUGAUUGUGUCAACAAAAGGAGAAGACCUUCAAUAUGGAGUCAUUCUUUCAUCCUUCAAAUUCAUUGACCUUUCUGCAAAUAAAUUAUCAGGCCAAAUCCCAGAAGAAAUAGUUAACUUAGUUGCAUUACAAAACUUGGAUUUGUCAUGUAAUAAAUUGUCUGGUGAAAUCCCCAGUAAUAUAGGUCUCAUGCAAUCAUUGGAAUCUCUCGAUCUCUCAAGAAACAUGCUCAUAGGGUCAAUUCCUCCUAGCCUCUCUACAAUAGAUUUCCUAGGAAGCUUAAAUUUGUCACACAAUAACUUGUCUGGAAAAAUUCCUUAUACUAGACACUUGACCAGUUUUAAUAAUCCAUCUAUUUUAUGCUGGUAAUCUUAAUCUUUGUGGAGCUCCUCUCGAUAAGAAUUGCACAAGUGAUGAACCAACGUCAAAUAGCCAAGCUAAUGGUCAAGAAGAUGAUGAUAACGAUAGUCCACCAAUUUGGUUUUACCUUAGUCUGAUGCCAGGAUUUGUGGUUGGAUUUUGGAUUGUGUGGGGAGUACUGCUAUUCAAAAAAGAAUGGAGGUAUCUUUAUUUCAAAUACUUGGACCACAUGUACGACAUGAUGUAUGUAAAGAUAAUGAUCACUGUACCCAAGAUCAAGAGGUGGUUCUUUGUGUGAGAUCAAUGUGAUUAGCAAAGGGUCUGUUUGCUGGUCAAUUAUUAAUGUAUCGCUAGCUUUAAAUAUUCUCACUCAAGCUACUGUGCAUGAAAUUAGGAGUAUUUUCCCUGUUUGUUUUCAUUGAUGCCAUAAAUAAG